GUUGUGAGUACAUAAUCCUUUUAAAACUGAGGACAUCUUCGCCGCCUUGCAGUCCCAACCGAAGACUCCAUCAUUCUGUUCACGACCAUCAUGGCGACUUCAAACCCCUCAAACCCCGAUUCUCUCCGACAGCCCAAAAUCGCCGUCGUUGGCUGCGGUCAUGGAGCGCUGGAUACUAUUUAUUCUACUCUCGAGACGCAAUGUGCACAAAAGGGAUGGGCUCUGUCAGACCUUGACUUGCUCAUCAUCUGUGGAGAUUUCGAGGCUAUUCGAAACCAGGCCGAUCUCAACUGCAUGGCCGUCCCGCGCAAGUACCGCAAGUUGGGCGACUUCCACAAAUAUUACAGCGGUGAAGCAAAGGCCCCAGUUCUGACCCUUGUCAUCGGCGGCAACCACGAAGCCUCCAACUACCUCUUUGAGCUGUAUCACGGAGGCUGGCUGGCACCAAACAUCUACUAUCUCGGUGCUGCUGGUGUCAUUCGUUACGGGCCUUGGCGCAUCGCCGGUCUCUCCGGCAUCUACAACCCGUCAAACUACCACAAGCCCCAUCAUGAACGGCUACCGUACGAAAACAAUCACAUCCGGUCCAUAUACCACGUCCGCGAGUAUAACAUCCAGAGGCUUUUACAAAUCCGCUCCCAAGUCGACAUUGGGUUGAGCCACGACUGGCCUGCGUGGGUUGAGCUCUUCGGCGACCACGCCACUUUGUACGCCGCAAAGCCACCCUGGCUUGCAAGCGCAAAGAUUGACAACCUUGGAAGCAAGCCUGCAGCAGAAGUCAUGAACCAUCUUCGGCCGUCGUAUUGGUUCUCGGGGCACAUGCACAUGAGGUUCACGACCGACGUGGAAUACAAAGACAGCCUGUCCUUCGAGGACUGUGUCAAGGCUCUGCCUGUGCCAGACGCACUAAAAGCCAUGCUACCGAUUUUUAAGAGCCAGGGCAAGUCUUCUCCAGCUAGGCCGUCGCCAAAGCCUGCGGGUUCGCACUCGAAGACUGAGUUCCUCGGCCUACACAAGGCUGGGUCCGAUGCGCGUCUCUUCAUGGAGCUGAGAGAGCUUGAGCUUCCUCCCCGUCCCGACACAGACAACACGCAAUUCUCAACUCCAAACGACGACGGGAAAUUCUCCCUGUACUACGAUGAGGAAUGGCUCGCCAUCACAAGAGCCUAUGCCAACGCCUUGAGAGUAGCGGAUCCUGAGACCCUUGUGGUUCCACCAACGAAGCCCCAGAAGAACCCUUCAGCUUCGCUUCCUCAACACAGGGCCUGGGUCGAAGAAAACAUUGUGCAAAAGGACCUCCUCAAGGUCCCAGACGGCUUCACGACGCAUGCUCCAGUCCAAACCACCAAUGCUACCGAGACCUUCGAGCAGCCUCCGGAGUAUCCAAACCAGCAAACGGCACGUUUUACGGAAUUGCUUCAGAUUCCCAAUAAGUUCAAGUCAGCGUGAUGUUUAUCUAUUGUACUCCAGUGCCAUUCUGGACAGUCAAGGGGUUUUCUCUGCACUCAGGAAGAGACAAGGGGCGAAUGGAUCGACACCAUACCCGCAGGCUGGAUUUACCUUCGCCACAGCCAGAUUUGCAGCUGCCGGUGCAGGCGCAGUCCGCAGCAGUGCGAUUCUCCCCUCUUCUAUGACUUGAUUGCGGCUGAGUUCGCCUCGGACCUUGUGAUGGGAUAGAAAUUUAGGUUGGCGUUUGGUCUAGGGAGUCAAUUCUGGUUCAUAUUGUAUAAUUCAUUUUCCACCACCGCCCAUGUGUGUCUUCUCUUGUUGUGGCCAAGUAGCGAGCGCCCUGUGACAGCUUGCAACUAAUUGUACCUAAAGAGAAGCGGCGGUAUUAAGCUGAGCCACCAAGAAAAUUCGCCUUCCAGCUUCCAGAGACCAAAUUAAAACCGGUAAGAGUGCCAUAUUCCAAGUCACCCGAUCAAGCAGGGACGAGACCUAGUCAC